CCUUUAACCUUUAAGGUUGAGUAAGCCACAACAUUAUAAUACAAGGAAUAACAAACCUGGAUGAAAACAGAGAUACUGGCAGACACGGGUCCAAAAACGAUUCCAUAUGUUAUCAAACAGAAAUAUUGUAAACCAAAGGAUUGAUUUAAUGCGCUCCGCGUGUACGGCAACAGUAUAUCCUCGUUCUCCAUCCUGUAGUCGGGGCUAUGGCGACCUCGGAAGUGGAACUGUCCUCUAUUUCCGGUAUGAUUGCCGACCCCCUUGCGGCACCGCCCCCAACGUCGCUUCCGGCGACGGAGACAUCACCGAUCCACAACGGCAACUCUGUCAAUUCCAGCAGCUCCGUCGAAACGAAGACUCCGGAACAGACCUGCGGUAACUGCCUCCCUUUAGAAUGUCUCCGGUGUGAGCUAAAGUUGAGCAAGUUCAAAUCGUUUUUCUUCUUUUUCGGAGGUGCCAUAGGUUGCGUGUUUCCUUAUUUUUCUAUAUACUAUAAACAAUUAGGCUUUGGUCCUAAUCAAAUCGGCGUUAUUGCCGGUGUAAGACCUUUGAUAGGGUUUUGCAGUGGACCGCUGUGGGGCUCUUUAGCUGACCGGUUCCGUGUAAGGCGGAUUAUGCUAUGUUGCAGUGCUUUAGGUUGGUUGAUAUUUAUAACAAGCAUAGGCUUUGUACCACCACCGACACAGUCUGACUCGCAAUGCGUGUAUGUAGCUGAAUUCUUAGGAAAGCCAUAUAAUGGCUCAACACAACCGACCGGACAAGGCGAUGAUCUAAGGGACUACUUUUUUGGUUUACACAAAAAAAAACCCGGUGUGGAUCCCGAAGAGAGUCUGUUUGAAUCACGCGGCUGGGCUUACGACCGCGCGUCUCUUAUGAAGGUCUACGUCAUAAUUAUGGUGCUCGUGGUGCUAGGUGAGCUGGUGCAGUCUCCGUGCGGCGCGCUGGCGGACUCAGGGUGCAUCGAGACGCUUGGAGCGGCGGAAAUGAACAAGUACGGCCACCAGAGGGCGUGGGGAUCACUUGGCCUUGGGGUAUUUUCCAUGUUGGUGGGUGGCGUGAUCAGUGAGACCAGGCGUGAGGUAAGCGUGUGCGGGGAACCGGUCGUUUAUAGCGACUACCGUAUAGCGUUCUACUUCUUCGCCGGCUGCAUGUUCUGCUGUUUCGUUACCACGCUUUUCUUCAGGUUCCAGAAACAAGCGGACGAUCAUAGUGAGUCCCGUCCCCGGCCUAACCCCAUGCGAGUGUUUCGAAUGUUCUGUACCCUCCAUUACGGCUCCUGGCUAUUCACCAUGUUCUUCACGGGCGUCUGUAAUGGCGUCAUUUGGGGAUUCCUCUUCUGGCACCUUGAAAACAUUGGGGCGACUCAGCUAACACUGGGUGUGGCCAACGGUGUAAGCCUGUUCUCUGAAAUGUGCAUGUUCCUUGUGGUAUUCCGGAUCCUUGAACGGACAGGCUGCUUCCUGUUCAUGGGACUUGGUCUACUCGGAUACACUGUCCGAUUUAUCGCCUUCGCCACUAUAGAAAAUCCUUGGAUCGUUCUUCCUUUUGAGGUGCUUCAAGGUUUCACGUUCGCCGGUAUCUGGUCAGUGUUCACGAAAUAUUUGUGCAAAGGUGUACCUAGCGAAUAUCUGGGUACUCUUCAAGGCUUUCUGCACGGGGUAUAUUGGGGCCUGGGAGCUGGUACGGGCCACAUGAUUGCUGGUCUUUCAGUUGAAAAUCUCGGGGCUCGAGUUACCUUCUGGAUGUUCGCUGCUGGUUCGUUCGUUAACGCUGUUGCAUUUCUCAUUAUUCAAAGGUGCACAACUCGUCCGGACGUUUUCGGCCAUUAUGAGGAACUUUCCGAAGAAACCAAGCCUGCAGGAUGAUUCCCAUUAAGACAAUACGGGGGGAAACUGAUAUACAACGCCCUUUUUAAUUUGCUCGAACCAACAAGUGCUAGUAAACAUUUUCCUAUCGCGAUGUAUUUAUAGGAAUGGGUAACAGGUUUUACAAUAUUUAAGCGAUUUGGGAGAAGGUCAUCUGUAUUUACCACACAGAUAUAAAGACCUUCCUUUUCAAUGAAUUAACAUGAGA